AGCAGGCAGGAAUGCUGAUCAGGUGACUGGCACAAGACUCGUCGGCAGCCGGUGCAGGAAGCGACACACAUUGUUGAUUCUUUUCUUCUUCUUCUUCGGGUUAGUUCUUCCAGACUUGUUGAUCCAUCUAAACAAAGAGAAGAAGAAGAACAACAACAACAACAACAACAACAACAACAGCAUGGACCCCCAGGACCAGGAGGACCAGGACGAGGAUACCCCCGGACCCGUGUCCGACCAGGACGCUUCCCUGGGCAAAGUGAGGAACAGGAACCUGUACCUGGCCACGAUGGCGUGCGUUCUGGGUCCCUUGAGCUUCGGCUUCGUGUUGGGCUACAGCUCGCCCGCCAUCCCAGAGCUCGCCCGGAUCUCGGACCCUCGGCUGCGGCUGGACGCCGACCAGGCCUCGUGGUUCGGGUCCAUCGUGACGCUGGGGGCGGCGGCCGGCGGCCUGCUGGGCGGCUGGCUGGUGGAGAAGCUCGGCAGGAAGAUCACCCUGAUGUUCUGCUCGCUGCCCUUCGUCUUCGGCUUCACCAUCAUCAUCGCGGCGCAGAACGUGUGGAUGCUCUACGUCGGCCGGCUGCUCACCGGCAUCGCCAGCGGGGUCACGUCGCUGGUCGUCCCGCUCUACAUCUCCGAGAUGGCACACGAGCGCGUUCGCGGGAUGCUGGGCUCCUGCAUGCAGCUCAUGGUGGUGGUCGGCAUCAUGGGAGUUUACCUGGCAGGUCUCUACCUGGACUGGCGCUGGCUGGCGAUCCUCUGUGCCGUGCCGCCCACGCUGCUCAUCGUGUGCAUGUGCUUCGUGCCCGAGUCGCCGCGCUUCCUGCUGUCGCGUGGCAGGAGGCGCGAGGCCGAGGAGGCGCUGCGCUUCCUGAGGGGGCCCGACGCCCCCGUGGAGUGGGAGUGCGCCCGCAUCGAGAGCGCCUGUGACGAGCAGGGUUCUGGCUUCCAGAUGUCGGACCUGAAGGACCCGGGAGUCUACAAGCCUCUGGUGAUCGGCGUCAUGCUGAUGUUGUUCCAGCAGAUGACGGGAAUCAACGCCAUCAUGUUCUACGCCGAGAACAUCUUCGAGCAGGCCCACUUCAAGGAGAGCGACCUGGCCUCGGUGAUCGUGGCUCUGAUCCAGGUCGUCUUCACGGGGGUGGCGGCCCUGAUCAUGGACCGAGCCGGGAGGAAAAUCCUUCUCACAAUCUCAGGCGUUGCCAUGGCAAUCAGCACCAUGACGUUCGGGGUCUACUUCUACCUGGUGUCCAAACCUUCCGGCGCCGGCGUUGAGCCCCACGCCGACCUGUCCUGGCUGGCCCUGGCCAGCAUGGCCGUCUUCAUCGCAGGUUUUGCUGUGGGUUGGGGUCCCAUCCCGUGGCUGAUCAUGUCGGAGAUCUUCCCCUCCAAAGUGCGGGGGGUCUCCAGCGCCGCCUGCGUCCUCACCAACUGGAGCAUAGCGUUCCUCGUCACCAAGACCUUCCAGGACAUGAUGGGUCUUCUCACCAGCGCCGGAACCUUCUGGCUCUUCGCCUCCAUGUGCGUCCUCAACGUCCUCUUCACCGUCUUCUUCGUACCAGAAACGAAGGGCAAGACUCUGGAGCAGAUCGAAGCCACUUUCAGAGGCGCACCCGGUCCAUGAAGAGCCGCCCCCCCAACCCCCCAAAAUCACAAAAAACUGACACGUGUGUCUCUGAGCCGACUGGACCCUGUGUGGGCAUUUAAAAAAAAAUUAUCUUUGUUAAGCUUAUGAAGCUGAUUGAAACACUUUCUUAAUAAUAAUAAUAAUAUAAUAAGCGGUGUUUCUAAUAUUGUGUUCAUCCCAUCGGUGAGGGUAAACUGACAGCUGGGUGUCGGCCAUCUUGUUUCUGUGCACAAACUGUCCCAUGAACCCUUAAACUGUUUCCUGCCGUGUGCUCAUUACCUCCUUUGAAGUGGCUCCGGAGCCCCGAGUCCAGGGCGCUCCGAGUCCAGGGCGCUCCGAGUCCAGGGCGCUCCGAGUCCAGGGCGCUCCUGGGUUUCUUUUUUAGUUGUGCAGGUUUAUCGGCCACACUGCCCCCUGCUGGCCUCGCCGCUGUACUGCAUUCAGUUCUUUAAAAAGGUUCUUUUCCACGCAGUACUCAUAUUUACACCUCCAGGUUUACAUUAUUUACCCUGAAGUAUCAAAGAAGAAGUGACGAGUUUGAACUGAGAACACGUUUGGUCGGAAAGAAACCCAGAAAUACGUUUUCUGUUUGACGAGUGGAGGCAAUAUGGAAACGUUUCUAGUUUCUUAAACUCUAAGCGAAGAUGUUUCGUAGAAGAAGCUUUAUUGUCGCGGUGUUUCGGGAGGUGAAGGCAUAACUGUGAAGUUAUCGGAGGAAUAUGAUAAUUAAACAGUUUCUGUACGUUUUCUUUUGUAAUAAUUUGCUCUUAUUCUUGUAAAGGAAAUGAAACAUGUAUUAACUGACUUGUACACACUUGAAAUAGUUAUGUCAUACUUUAUGACUUCUCUUUACACUUUAUAUGAUAUACUAUCGUCUUUUCUUUUUUUUUUACUCAUGGCUCUACAUUUGAAUAAAUAAUUGUCUAUUUUUUUUGGUGUUUGUUUGCUAUGAAUCAUUCCUCUGCCUUUUCUUUUCUGGUGGCUGGAUGCAAUCCAUCCAUUAUAUAUUUAUUUAUUUUACAUAAUUUAAAAACAUGGAGCUCUUUCUCACGUUAUGAAACUGAAUUGUAACCAUAAACUGAAUAAAAUCACUAUGUCGCUUUGAA